GUUUGAAAUUGAUCAGAGAUUGUUCACCAGAUUACCACAAGAAGUCUGGGGCGCUGCUUGUGGGAGAUCCAUGCGUAGAGCAAGUUUGUUAUCGUGGUAAAAGGUUACACCAGCUGCCAUUUGCAAAGAUGGAAGUACAGAUGAUUGGGAAAAUACUCAACACUUUUCCCCUCACUGGAAAAGAGGCAACAAAAGCUCAAGUGAUGAGAAAACUCCCCUCAGUUGCAUUGGUGCACAUUGCAGCACAUGGUAGAAUGGAAACAGGAGAAAUUGCUUUGGCACCAAACCCUACACGAGCAUCUCAGAUCCCUGUUGAAGAAGACUUCGUGCUACGAAUGAGUGACGUGAUGAGAGUUCAAAUGCGAGCAGGACUGGUUGUGUUAAGUUGUUGCCAUAGUGGCCGUGGUGAGAUUAAGGCUGAGGGUGUGGUUGGCAUUGCACGAGCCUUCCUGGGUGCCGGUGUUCGUUCUGUUGUUGUGUCUCUGUGGGCAAUUGACGACUAUGCCACUCAGGAGUUCAUGAAGAGUUUCUACCUUCACUUAGCAGAAGGAAGAAGUGCCAGUGAAUCUCUGAACCACGCCAUGAAGUGUCUGAGAGAGUCUGAGAAAUUUAGCGAAGUGAAGCACUGGGCUCCAUUUGUACUCAUCGGUGAUGAUGUUACCUUGGACUUGGCUAGAGGCGAUUAGAUGAACUUCAACAUAGCUAAAGGUUGUUCAGUCCAUCUAUCCAGAAGGAUGGGGCGACUCUGUCGAUUCGUUAUUACGAGACUGCUAAAUUUUAUUGCCUUUUUAAAUAUAAAUAGCUGACUGGCCAACUCUGAGUUUGUAGGGAAAUGCUUUUCUCCGGACUCUAUAUACAUCAGAGUUGUAUCAAUAUGUAUCCGUAAAGGCUUUUGCACCGAUAAUUUUAUAAAUGGAUGCGCCUCAUUUGAGUCUACUAUUUUAUUUUAUAGACUUGGACAUAAUAUUAGGGAUGUGUAAGAGAAGCUUAGAAGUAAUCACAAAUGAAUAGUAAAUUCAUACACUGUCCAACAAUAAAGGGAAAACAACACUUUAGUAAUUUCAGAAAAUUAAGAAGCAAGGUGUUGUCUUUCCGUAACGUGUUAAAUAUCCAAAAUGAAAAGAAUGAGUAUUUGUUAGAGAACACAUAGAGAAUUGUUUAGGAAUUUAGUGGUUGUAUUAUGCUUGCAUUGUCAUUUGAAAUGGACGAGUUGCUGCGAUAGAACAAACUGCUUCUUGUUGAGUAAGCAAAGUGCCCUGCUACGUAUUUUUUUGCACAUUGUUUGAAUUUCUAGUGAUAUUAUUUUGCGUUUUAAUAUCAUGCAAGGAUCUUUAAACUACUGAAGAUUAGUAAUAGUUCUAGAAAGGCCUUACGAUUUUGUACCUCAUAAUAAAAUUAGAAGAUUUAAGGUAAAUUAAAAGAAAAACGUUUGAACCUUCAGCAAUUUUAUUUCCUCU